GCAAGCGGCCAAGGGGCAGUUGUCCGUCACCCGCUGUUGAUGGGUGACACCUCGGCCCCACGCUGAAGCUCAGGCUGCAGCUGCCUCGUGGGGAGCAUCCCGCACUGCCUGGGCUGGGCUCGGUGCUCUGGGCUACCGGUGUUGAGUGGGCUUGAAGAAGUGCUUUCAGCGGGUCCGCAGCCUUGGCAGAUGGGUCCCAUGCUCAGAGUUUUUUUUCUCUGCCUGAGGUAUUUUGGGUCCUGUGAGAUGUGGGACCCUGGACCUCAUCAGACAAGAGAAGUUGUGCUGGUUCAGGGGAGUGGGCAGCCUUUGCAGAGUUGGCGCGAUUUUUGUCCGCAGAUAUUGUCAAUGCUGACAAGAUGUCAGGGAGGAGCAGGAAGUACAAGAUUAUCUUCAGCCCCCAAAAGAAAUGUUUAAUUAAAACCAAAUGUUGCGAUGCCUGGGAAUGACCUGGUGCCCUCCGUCGCCAGAUCUUUUCUGCUCGCUUGGAGCCUGACUGGGCCCUGAGGGUCCCUCCUUCUCUUCCAGUUUUAUGCUUGUGAGAUGGUGCUGGAGGAAGAAGGAGUCUUUGGUGACGUUACCUGCGAUGAAUGGUCCUUCUACCUGCUCCCCCUGGACGAAGACAUCAUCAGCAUGGAGCUGCCCGAGUUCUUUCGCGACUACUUCUUGGAAGGAGAUCACCGAUGGAUCAACUCUGUCGCUCGAGCCCUGCAGUUACUGAACUCCCUGUACGGGCCUUUCGGCAAGGCCUAUGGGAUUGGCAGGUGUGCCAAGAUGAGCUACGAGGUGUGGCGGGACCUGGAGGAGGAAAGCGAGGCUGAUGGCCAGGGCAGGAAGCCCGAGAUUGGCAACAUCUUCCUCAUGGACAGAGCGGCUCUCGUUGCAGACACGGACUACGUGACAGCGCUGUGCUCCCAGGUGGUGUAUGAGGGGCUGGUGGAUGACACCUUCCGCAUCAAGUGCGGGAGUGUGGAUUUUGGGCCAGACGUCACCUCUUCUGACAAGAGUAUUAAGGUGCUGCUUAACGCCCAGGACAAAGUCUUCAGCCAGAUUCGGAACGAGCACUUCUCCAGCGUGUUUGGCUUCCUGAGCCAGAAGUCACGUAACCUGCAGGCACAGUACGACCGGCGCCGCGGCAUGGACAUCAAGCAGAUGAAGAACUUUGUCUCUCAGGAACUGAAGGGACUAAAGCAAGAGCAUCGCCUGCUGAGCCUGCAUAUUGGUGCCUGCGAGUCCAUCAUGAAAAAGAAGACCAAGCAGGACUUCCAGGAGAUGAUCAAGGCUGAACAUUCUCUGCUGGAGGGCUUCGACAUUCGUGAGAGCACCAGCUUCAUAGAGGAGCACAUUGACCGGCAGGUGUCCCCCAUCGAGAGCCUGCGCCUGAUGUGCCUCCUGUCCAUCACAGAGAACGGUCUCAUCCCCAAAGACUACCGCUCCCUGAAAACCCAGUACCUGCAGAGCUACGGGCCUGAGCACUUGCUGACCUUCCACAACCUCAAGCGCAUCGGGCUGCUGACUGAGCAGUCGGCUGGAGAGACUCUGACUGCUGUGGAGAGCAAAGUCAGCAAGCUGGUGACAGACCGCGCUGCAGGAAAGAUCACUGAUGCGUUUAAUUCUUUGGCCAGGAAGAGCAAUUUUCGAGCCAUAAGCAAGAAGCUGGGGUUGAUCCCCCGGGUGGAUGGAGAGUACGACCUGAAGAUGCCUCGGGACAUGGCUUAUGUUUUCAGCGGGGCCUACGUCCCCCUGAGCUGCAAGAUCAUUGAGCAGGUGCUGGAGCGCCGGGGCUGGCUGGGCCUGGAGGAGGUCGUGCGGCUGCUCAACGGCAAUGAGUUUUCGGUCUCAGACAGCGCGGUGGAGGACAACCCCACCUGGGAGUCCCAGCGUGUCAUCCUUGCCGUCUUCCUGGGGGGCUGCACCUUCUCAGAAAUCGCCGCUCUUCGGUUUCUGGGGAAGGAGAGAGGGUGCAAGUUCAUCUUCCUGACCACGGCCAUCACCAACAGCGCCCGUAUGAUGGAGGCCAUGAUCGAGGCCAAGGCGUGAGGCCCGGCCGGGGCUGGGGGGGCUCUGCCGCCCUCCGUGCCCCCCUUGUCAAUAAAUAUCUCUCCUGGCA